UGGUUUCAGGUCUCCUCAUAGAUUGUUUUUAAAUCAUGAGAGAUGAAAUUGCAGUAGCAGUUUUCUUUGUCACAAGAUUGGUGAAGGAACAUGAAAAACUGAGUAAACAGCAAAUAGAAAAAUUUGCAGAAAAGCUGAUGAUAAUCUUGUUUGAAACAUACAGAGGUCACUGGCACCCUGGUUGCCCUUCUAAAGGGCAAGCCUUCAGGUGUAUCAGGAUAAACAAUCAGAAUAAAGACCCCAUUCUAGAAAGGGCUUGUGCUGAGAGUAAUGUGAAUUUUUCUCACCUGGGACUUCCAAAGGAGCUGACCCUAUGGGUAGAUCCCUUUGAAGUGUGCUGUAGGUAUGGUGAGAAAAACCAUCCAUUUAUAAUUGCUUCUUUUAAGGGCAGAUGGGAGGAAUGGGAACUGUCCCAACAAAUCAGUUAUGCUGUUAAUAAAGCCACAUUAGACUACUCCUCUGGCACUUCUUCUGAUGAAGAAAGUUGUAGCAAGGAACCCCGGAUCAUUCCUAAAGUCAGCAAUCCGAAGAGUAUCUAUCAGGUCGAAAACUUAAGACAGCCCUUUCAAUCUUGGUUCCACAUCCCCCGCAAAAAGAAUGUGAUGGAUGGGCGCAUAGGCCUCCCAGGGAAUGUUCAUCAUGUCUUGCAUAAGAAUUUUAAGUGUUAUAGGCAGCCUGCUGCUGUGCACCGGGUGGACAGGUACCACUGGAUCAACACAAAACAUUAAUUAACAUGGUGGCCAGACUUGUGUUGGGAGAGAGAUCAGAGGAGAGGCUUCAUUUUCUCUAAAAAGAAAGCAAGUUGAAGGGUGAGAGGCCCAUGCAAUAGAAAAAAAACCAACCACAUUAGGGACUGGAUUGUGUGAUGGUGAAUUCUCACACACAGAUCCCAACUCUGUUCUUAGCUGUGAUUUUUAAAAAAAUACAUUGGACUUUAUUAAAAUUAAAUACUUCUGUUCUGCAAAAGGCAAUGAAAAAAACAAGCCAU